UUUUGAACGAAUAAAUUUACAAAGAUAAGAUAUGGCAACGGAACACCAGCUGACAAAGAUUGCGGAUAUAGCUGAUCUGCGGGCACUACAGGGACUAUAUCUGAAAGAUUGGCCGAAGCACUGCGUGGGCUACUUCUGGCUGGACAACUAUUUGAGGUGGUUGCAAGAUGAUCCAGAAAUCAGGCACUUGACCUUCUACACGCUGGACAAUGAUUGGGCGACCGAUGGACUAUUUCUACUCGUGCAUCGCUAUCAACUGUUCUUCUGUAACCUGAGUAGACGGAGACCGCAGCUGAAACUGGCUCUGAGUCUGCUGGACUGGUCUGGCGGCUACAAAGUGAGUGCCAUUCACGAAGAGCAUCAUCUGGUGUACAGGGAGCUGCUGGCAGAACUUCAACUAGGAAUGGAUCGAGAGAAAAACACCAUUAUGUAUCGACUAUGCUGUCAGAAGGCCAAGGAACUGGAAGUCGAGUGUCCCUCGGGCUACUACUUGGACAAAGUGAGGCUGGAGCAUGCAGAACUUGUCAAUGAUCUGUGGUCCGCUCGUCAUCCGGGCAGUCUGUAUCUCAUUCAACUGCUGAUUUCAAAAAAUACAAACAUAGGUUUAUACGAAAGGGAAACCGGGAUGCUGUGUGCCUGGUGCUUGAGACUGCAAAGCGGCUUCCUGGGAGCCCUGGAGGUGCGUAAAUCCCAUCAGCGUCGCGGUCUGGGUAUGAUUGUAGCUGCUGCCAUAUCCCAAUCAAUAGCAAAGGACCUGCAGCAGGAUGUGACGGCUCUAGUUAAUUUAAGCAAUUCAGCUGCCUGCAGGCUGUUCGAGAAGCUACAGUUUACGUUGGUGCAGGGCGAGCACUACUACUGGAGCAUGAGCCUACCCAAAACGGGCGGCCAGAUAGACUGGCCCAACAAUGAAUAAAGAGUGAUGGAGAUAGCGCAUCCAUACAACAGUAA